GAACUCUUCAGACGUCUGCGCUGCACCCAGCAGAGGAUGCAGCUGGUCGUCAUGGCAACAGUGCUGGCGGCAGUGGCAGGGGCGGGGCGGGGCUGCAGCUUCGACUGCCGUCCGACCAUCGUUAGGAUCCCCGUGGAGAGCUGUGGCAGCACCGAGUACAUAGACACCACUGUGUGUGCAGGGCAGUGCCACAACAAGGAUCCAGUCUACAUCAGCAAAGAAGGUCCUGAGAAGCAGAGCAGCUGUAACGGUGACUGGUCGUACGAGGUGGUGCACAUUAACGGAUGCCCGGUGCCUGUCACUUACCCGGUGGCCAGACACUGCAACUGCUCCAAGUGUAACCCAGACAACACCGACUGCGGCCCCUUCCUCGGAGACGUCCCCAGCUGUCUGUCCUCCCUUCACUCUCUCUCUGUCUUCACACUGGGCUGA